AUGGGGGAGAGUGGAGAAAGCGUCGGCGGUGGCGGCUGCGGCGGCACCAACGGCGACGAGGGAAGCUCCUGUGGUGGAUCUGCACCAACGGCGACAAGCGGGGGCGGAUCUGCACGGCAAAUUCCCCCAGGGAUGGAUCCAGCUACAGCGUUCUUUCUUUCAGUUAGAAUGGAGACCACUGUUCUAGUUUCUGCUGGUACAAAAGGAAAAGAUUGUGGAUUCACAUUUCCUUUAGUUGUGGACAUCACUAGUUCAUAUACUAAUUUUAGGGCUGCAAUUUGUGCCAAGUAUCCAUGGGGCUUGUUUGAUUCUGUGGAGAUCAGAUAUUGGGAUAUUAUACAAAGAACUAGAGGUCAGAGAUGUGUGAACACAUCUAGUUCCAGGCCAUCUGCAUCCAGAACUAGGGCUAGUAGUAGAACACCAAGUGCUCCUAGAACACCAAGUGCUUAUGCAACUGCAAGUGUCAAUGAAAGCCAAGAACACCAAAAGAAGGCACUUGAUCCUGUUGUGGAGGAGGCAUUGGCUGAUGCACCUGGUGUGGAGGAUGAGGUUCUAUAUCCUGGAUAUGUCCAGCACAAUAAUGAUGGAGACGCAACAGAUAAAGAGUACAUUCCUGCAGAAUUUUCAGAUGCAGAUGAUGAUGAGAAGCAAGAGGAUGUUGAGAUGGGAGUUUUUGAAGAUGCAGAAGAGGACAAACCUGUAAAGAUGUAUGACAGGGAAAAUCCAUGUAUUGAUGAAGGUGUGGUCUUCCCUAGUGCAGUUGACUGCAGAAAUGCAGUUUCAAGCUUCUCAAUCAAGUCUGAAACUGAGUUCCUUACUCUGAAAAGUGAUCCAACAAGGUUUACUAUUAAAGUCAACCCAUAUCAGCAUACAUGUCCUAGUGUGAAUAGAUCUCAGAGCUUGAGAGCUGCAAAAAGAAGAUGGAUAGCAGAUGCUUCUAUGGCAUGGAUCAGAGCAAAUCCAGGAAUUGGUCGUAAGGAAAUUCAGAGCAGGUUGUUAGAGAAAUAUGGUGUGGAGGUGCCAUAUGACAGAUGCUACCAUGCUGAAGUAGAGAGGACAUCACCAGGCAGUAUUGUGGACAUUGACAAGCACAUAGUUGAGUACAAGAUAAAUAACAAGAAGGUCUACAAGGAGUGCUUUAGAAGGGUGUUUGUGUGCUUCAAAGCAUGUCAAAAGGGUUUUCUGGAGGGGUGUAGGCCAUACCUAGCUAUAGAUGCUACUGCACUGACUGGUAGGUUUAGAGGGCAACUUGUGGCAGCAUGUGCUCUAGAUGGACACAACUGGUUGUUUCCUGUUGCAUAUGGUGUUCUGGAAGUGGAGUCAAUUGAGAGUUGGACUUGGUUUUUUAGAAACCUAAAGAAAGUAAUAGGUCAUCCAGAAGGUUUAGUGAUACAUAUUGAUGCUUGCAAGGGAUUGGAAAGUGCUGUUGAGGAUGUUUAG